AUGGCAAAAACACCAGAGAAGGAGGAGGAAAUAAAGCAAAAUGCUAAAAGGAAACAUUCUCUUGUUGAAGAAGAAGAAACAGAGGCCAAGAAAAUGAGUUCAGAAACAGCUUUUCAGCUGAAAUCAACCCCACGAACCAAAUCACGAGAAAGUUCUGAUGAGGAAGAAGAAGAAGAGGACAAGAAAAUGAAAUCAGAAACAAUUUUUCCUGGUGAAUAUUCAGAAAUCAAAUUCCCAGAAACUUCUGAAUUGGUAAAUGCACGAUUUGGGGAUGAAAAAAAUCAGAGAUUUGGAUACAGCUUUGAUGGAGAAAUUUUAUCAAGAUUCCCCGACAUAAAGAAAAUACUCGGAUGUAUUGAAGAUUGCACUAUGCCAUUUGAGCAAAAGAUAGUGAAAACAGAUGUUGACAAGCUUAUACUAAGCAGAGAUGAGGUGAAAAGUAGAAUUUUGCCAUUGCUGAAAAAGAGUGAAAAGAGUGAUCUUAAAGGCGGGGGAGGAAUCGUAGUGAAGGUUUAUGAUGAAUUCGGUAAAAGUUAUAAGAUGAUGUUCAAGUUCAUUGAUGAUCAAUUCAUGCUUUGUACUAGAUGGAAAUAUUUGUUCGAAGAUCAUAAACUGAAUGAAAAUGGAGAUUGUUAUGCUGCAGUUUGGAUGUUUCGACACAAAAGAUCACGUAAACGAUGUUUUGCUGUGAUUAUGAAGACGUCAAAAACUCAAGAUUAG